ACCGGCCGUAACGCCGCGGCGACCCUGCCGGGGAAAACAACGAUCGAGCGGGACAAAAAUCGCGUAAUCGCCGCUUCUCUAAUCACCCCCUCGACCGUUACUAGAGAACAUUCCCGGGGGAGAAAUGAAAUUCAUCGUUACCGGGUCGUGGAGCAGCCCUGGCUCUCGGGUGGCGAUUUAAAUCGGCAGGUCGCGAGUGGUCGCGAGUUUUUUCACCCGUUUUUCUCGUUUAAUCGUUACGGAGCCGCGAAAGGGUUCGCCGGGGGAUGCGCGAUGACGUAAGUGGACUUCCAAGAUGGCGGCGCUCUAACUGACGAGUGACACCCCGCGAGAGGCAAGAGUGCCACCUCCGACUGCUAUCUCGCUCCCAGGUGACAAAAAGCACAGCUUCUUGACGAGUGAACAACCCUCGGGCAGAGAUAGAGUGCCGGACGAGAGAGAGGUCCUCGAGAUAUUCGAAGAGGUGUCGCACAAUCUACGAUUGGCCCGGAUUUACCUCGAGUAUCUCAGAUAUGUCCGAAAUGUCCGACCAUCCGCUGCUGCCAGCCAAUCAGAGGAUACCGAGCAACGACCCAGCGAACAUGGUGAUAAUUGAGGUCGGUCUCCCUGGCGAUACCUGGAGGUACUGCAUCGAGCGACACAGACUGGCAGAAAAGUCGGAGUGGUUUCGCGCGAUGUUGCUGGGACAACUCGCCCCGGAGGCCAGCAACCCCCCGCCGACGUUGCAGCUGCAGUACGUCGAGAAACGGGCCUUCGACCACUUGCUGAGGUAUCUCCACGACGAGCCGGUCAACUUCCAGUCGGUGAGCACUGCCAGGGCAACCCUGGACGCGGCGCACCAGUACCUCUGGCCCGAGCUCGCCCGCCUUUCCGUCGAGUUCCUCGAAAGGAACCUGAACCCUGGCACGGUGCUGAAGGUAUUUCGAGGCCUGAAUUACUACGCCGAGGAGGGGGGCUCCAGGGUCCUCGACGAGCCCUCCGCUCCGCCGUCUCCUGGAGACGAUGCCGGGGAAAUAGCGCGCCUGUGCACGAGGUUGCUGUUGUCCUGCCUGGCGGUCAUCGACCAGGACCCGGAAGCCAUCCUCGGCCAGGAGCGGUUCGAGGAGCUGACCGCUCUAGAAGUCGAAGAGAUCGCCAGGCGAGACAGUCUGCGACUGCCGCGGGAAAACCUCCUCUUCGCCGCCCUGGAGAGAUGGGCUGCCGCGGAGUGUCGCAGGCAAGGGCGGGACCCCACGGCGGCUAACAAGCGGGCCGCUCUUCAGGAUGAGGUCUGGUUCAGCGUGAGGUACCCUCUCAUGACCGACAAGGAGUUCGUCGAGGGUCCCAUGGCGAGCGGGAUCCUGACAAUCGAGGAGUCGACCUACAUCGUCGCCAAGAUCCUCGGCCACCGUCGCGACGGCGGUGCCGACUUGCUGCGGAGUCCCGAUGCGAGGGCACUGUCCAGGCUGUCCAGCGUCGCCAGGGCAGGUGUCGCGAACGCCGUCGACCUCCAGGACCCCAGGAUGUCCAAGCCGGGGAAACGGGAGCGGGAGGACAACAAGAGGAACCGCAGGAAGGAGUGCGCCAAUCAGGGACACAGAGCCUGCGCCAGGAUCGGGGAUUGCCUGAUAAGAGUCCUCGCUUGCGUCUUCGACUGAAGAGCUUCGGCCUCGAAGAAUCGACCAAGACACUUGGAAGUGACCUCUCCAGCUGGAUGUCGAAGGAAGAACCCUCGAGAAUUACGGUUUAUUCCUGGCCUCGAAGAAGUCCUUGAGAAACGGCAUGACGUUCCGUAGACGGAGCCCGUCAGCUGGUCCUGGUGAAACUCACGGAAGCCCAAGAACCGAGGAACCGGCGCAGGACUCGCACUCUUCGGGGAACUCUUCUAGGCUCCUGUCGAAGGUCCUAGAUCCAAAGAUCCGUGGCAUCCAAAGAUUAUCCUCGCGGUGAACACCGCAAGAAGUGAACGUCGAUCUUGUUACAUCGAAUAUACGGAUAUUGUCCAGACUCUCGGGAACGAGGGCCCUCGAAGAGACGUUUUACAGCUUUCGUAUUGUUGUUUUAGUAUUAUCUAGGGCGUAAGAUCUCCGUAAUGAUUUAUCCGGGAAUUUCCCCAGCGGUCGCACGACCGGAUCUCAUUUAUCUACGAAAUUGGCGUAAUCGGCACGUGGCAUACCGGGGUGUAUCGCACUCCGUCCGAAAUUGCCAUUUCGUGACUGCGAGCUAAUGGAGGGAACGCGUUUCUUUUUUUCUUUUCCUUUCCCCAUUUUUAUCAACCCCUGACAUAUUGUUAAUCGAUGGUGCUUCGAUAGGUCCCUUCUAUUUCCGAGGUUUCCCCCGUACGGUUAUAAAAGAUGGCAUUUUGUUGGUCCUUUUCUUUUUUUCUUUUCUUUCGGUUCGACCGGAAUGUCUUAUUUUAUUCCGAUUAACUGGCAGAAUUUCUUGACAAAGUGCGAUCGCGCGAAGUGCAAUGUCUUCGGGGAUCGAGUCAACCUUGCGAACGAUAGGUCUCGCCGAGGACACUUUUUUGGGCCGAAACGCUUUUGUGUGUUUUUUUUUUUUCAUCUUUUUCGCUCCGGAUCGAUAAAGUCGAUUGGCCAAUAUUUUGCCACUAGUCGAAGGAUACUUCGCCUAAGUGUGAUUUAACGCCUCACGGUGAAGUGGGAUGGAAACCUCGGAAUUUUAGAAUAUCGUUAUUCAUCUCGUUUAGGAUCGUACUCUCGACUUUUUGGAACGGUAGCGCGAUAGACUAGGCGGUUAUUUACGAUUGAUCAUUAACGUUUAGUUUUUACAUAUUGCGCAUACGUGUGUACAGUGCUCGGAACGUUCCGUUGCGUUCACCAUUAUUCAGAGUAUAUGGCGUUUGAAUUAAUUUAUAGUAGAAUUUUAUGUGCCACCAUGGCUGGUCCGUGUGAAUGGGAGUCACGGGAGCGUUCUCGAGGCCGCGGACGGGGGCCGGUGAUAUUUUCAAAUGCUUAAAUUCGAUCCUAAGAGAAAUCCUUCCGCGGCCUCGAGAGCCCUUGACGCGUCGUCCGCCAUCUUGGAGGACGAUCGAACGUGCUCGUUGCUGUGAUCGAUAGGCGAAAAUGAGGGUACAACUCGAUGUGCUCCGGCUCUUCCGAUGCGAGGAUCGGGAAAACCUGAUCGCCCUCCUUUUUCCUCGGAUUAGAUGCCACCGAGAGGAAUGCACACAAUUCGGGAAAUGUGCAAUCGAAGCGCGUCGAUACCGGCGCACGAGGAGGCUGCAAGGAAAUCAGAAGAAAAGGAAUAUAAAAUUACGGGAGGGAUAUUAUUUACACAAAACGUUUAACGUGGAUAUUUUCUUACGCGGUAUAGGGUCAGGUGGAAAUUUAUAUACGAUGCGUUUUCUCGGCCGAUCGAUGCCUAGGCUUCGGAAGAGUUUGUACGUUCGGUUGCGUCGAGUCCUCGGGUGUUCCUGAAACUUUCGUACACGUGCAUCUCUCGCUCUGGUUUAAUGUCCUGGUAUGUUUAACUAUGUUAUCUCUUUACUUUUCAUUUUUUACCCACUGUACGUCCACGCGAUCUGCAGGUACUGAUCUCGGCGAGGCUCGGGAGCAUUUUUACAGAAUAAAAACAACGAGUUGCACUCCA